GGCUUCCCUGAGGGGACUCCCGCGCCCUCCGCCGUCGUCUCCCGCAUCCCCCGCUCUGCUCCCCUCCCCUCCCCCGCGGCGGCGGCCCGGCCCGGCCCGGCGCUGGCGGCGGGCGGCGGCAUGGUGCAGACGGACGGGCAGGCGGCGCUGGACGAGCCCCAGGGCAGCCCCAACGCGGCCGGCGGCCCCGGGGCGCCGCUGGAGUCGGCGGGGGCCGCCGCGGCCGCCGUGGGGCCGGGCGGCGACGACACCGACACCGAGGCCGAGGCGGCGGGCGGCGCGCGGCGCUUCCUCUGCGGCGUCGUGGAGGGAUUUUAUGGAAGACCCUGGAUUAUGGAGCAGAGGAAGGAACUUUUUAGAAGACUUCAGAAAUGGGGACUAAAUACAUACUUGUAUGCUCCAAAAGAUGACUACAAGCACAGGAUGUUCUGGCGAGAAAUGUACUCUGUGGAGGAAGCUGAGCAACUUAUGACUCUCAUCUCAGCUUCACGAGAGCACGAAAUAGAAUUCAUCUAUGCAAUCUCACCUGGACUAGAUAUCACCUUCUCGAAUCCAAAGGAAGUGUCCACAUUGAAACGCAAGCUGGACCAGGUUUGCCAGUUUGGCUGCAGAUCCUUUGCGCUGUUGUUCGACGAUAUUGAUCACAACAUGUGUGCAGCAGAUAAGGAAGUCUUCAGCUCCUUUGCUCAUGCCCAGGUCUCCAUCACGAAUGAAAUCUAUCAGUAUCUAGGAGAACCAGACACAUUCCUGUUCUGCCCUACAGAAUAUUGUGGAACUUUUUGCUAUCCAAACGUAGCCCAGUCUCCUUAUUUACGGACUGUUGGAGAAAAGCUGCUCCCUGCCAUUGACGUGUUGUGGACAGGUCCUAAAGUUGUAUCUAAAGACAUUCCAGUCGAGUCUAUUGAAGAGGUUUCUAAGAUCAUCAGGAGAGCGCCAGUCAUCUGGGAUAACAUCCACGCUAAUGAUUAUGAUCAGAAGAGACUAUUCCUUGGACCAUAUAAAGGGCGAUCAACUGAGCUCAUCCCCCGACUAAAAGGAGUUCUGACCAAUCCAAACUGUGAAUUUGAAGCCAAUUUUGUUGCUAUUCACACGCUUGCAACCUGGUACAAAUCCAACAUGAACGGAGUGAGGAAAGACGUGGUGAUGACGGACACUGAAGACAGUACCGUUUCAAUCCAGAUUAAACUAGAAAAUGAAGGGAGUGAUGAAGAUAUUGAAACAGAUGUUCUGUACAGCCCACAGAUGGCUCUGAAGCUGGCCUUAACAGAGUGGCUGCAGGAGUUUGCGGUACCUCACCAAUACAGCAGUAGGCAAGUGGCCCACAGUGGCGCUAAAACCAGUGUAGGGGAUGUUGGGCCUCUUGUUGUGCCAUCCUCCCUAAAUGCAGCAACUGUUGUCACCACGGUUUACCAAGAACCCAUCAUGAGCCAGCGGGCAGUACUGAGCAGUGAGCCUCCAGUACUAGUCAAGGAGGAAGAAAAGAAGCAGUCUGAUGAGGAGCCAAUGGAUAUGGUAGUGGAAAAGCAAGAUGACACAGACAAGAAUGUUAACCAGAUCCUUACAGACAUUGUUGAAGCCAAGAUGUCAGAGGAGCUAAAACCCAUGGAUACCGAUAAAGAGAGCAUCGUGGAGUCAAAGUCCCCAGAGAUGUCUAUGCAGGAAGACUCCGGUAGUGACAUUGCCCCUAUGCAGACUGAUGAGCAGAUGAACAAAGAGCAGUUUGUGCCUGGGCCAACCGAGAAACCUCUCUACACAGUAGAGCCGGUGACUCUGGAGGAUUUGCAGUUACUUGCUGAUCUCUUCUACCUUCCUUAUGAGCACGGACCCAAGGGGGCGCAGAUGCUGAGAGAGUUCCAGUGGCUUCGAGCAAAUAGCAGUGUUGUUAGUGUGAAUUGCAAAGGAAAGGAUGCUGAAAAAAUAGAAGAGUGGCGCUCCCGAGCAGCCAAGUUUGAAGAGAUGUGCGGCCUGGUGAUGGGGAUGUUCACACGCCUCUCAAACUGUGCCAACCGGACAAUCCUCUAUGACAUGUACUCCUACGUCUGGGACAUCAAAAGUAUCAUGUCAAUGGUGAAGUCUUUUGUGCAGUGGUUAGGGUGUCGUAGUCAAUCUUCAGCACAGUUCUUAAGUGGAGACCAAGAACCCUGGGCCUUUAGAGGUGGUCUAGCAGGAGAGUUCCAGCGUUUGCUGCCUAUUGAUGGGGCAAAUGACCUCUUUUUUCAGCCACCUCCCCUGACUCCAACAUCCAAGGUGUACACCAUCAGGCCCUACUUCCCUAAAGAUGAGGCCUCUGUGUACAAGAUUUGCAGAGAGAUGUAUGCUGAUGGAGCUGAUCAACCUUUCCAUAGUCUGCCAGAUCUAAUUGGAGACAAGUUAGUGGGAGGUCUGCUCACCCUCAGCCUGGAUUACUGCUUUGUCCUGGAAGAUGAGGAUGGCAUAUGUGGCUAUGCCUUGGGAACAGUUGAUGUGACCCCCUUCAUUAAAAAAUGCAAAAUGUCUUGGAUCCCUUUUAUGCAGGAGAAGUACACCAAACCGAAUAGCGAUAAGGAGCUGUCAGAGGCAGAGAAAAUAAUGCUAAGUUUCCAUGAAGAGCAAGAACUGCUGCCAGAGUCAUUCCUUGCCAACUUCCCAUCACUGAUAAAGAUAGAUAUCCACAAGAAAGUGACUGACCCAAGCGUGGCCAAAAGCAUGAUGGCCUGUCUGCUCUCCUCUCUGAAGGCCAAUGGCUCCCGUGGGGCUUUUUGUGAAGUGAGGCCAGAUGAUAAAAGAAUCCUGGAAUUUUACAGCAAGCUGGGCUGCUUUGAAAUAGCUAAAAUGGAAGGGUUUCCAAAGGACGUCGUUAUCCUCGGGAGAAGCCUGUGAUGUGCACGACCACGAACUGCUCUAAUCCCAUCAUCCCCUAACGGUUAGGCACGUGGUGGUGGGGAUCUUCAUAUGGUCUGGCUGCACAAAGGCAGGAGCCAGCCGGCGUGGUAGCAGGGGCUAUGUGAAAAUCACCCAUCACACGUUCGGGCUUCGACUCGUUGCUGCUGAAAACCCUGGCUUGAAAAAGAAACUGUGUCCUCUCCUGGUGUCGUGCGAAGUGCCAAGGAGCCUCGCGUGGGCUGCGGCUGCUUGCCCCACGACGUGGCUGGUUGGUGGCAGUACUCUGUAUCCAAGCAUGCGAUCGACAGCGACAGUUUAUAUCUGGAGCUACAGUUCCUCCUUCUCCCGCUCGGAGCUUAGAGCGAGGUGUGAAGGAAGAAGGGUGAAAGCGGGGUUCUUACCAGUGUAGUCAGCACAUUUCAAGGCAAGUAGCGACAGUUGUGGUAUUGGUUAUCUCUUCUCGUUAAAGAACCACCGUUGUUACUUCUAACGACCAUCGGUUCAAGCUCUGUAGGGACACGUGGCCUGCGGCAAAAGUCACUUGAGGACAGGCAUGUACAUUUCCGUGUAUAUAAACUCGCUGUAGGCUGAUUAACUUUUUUGUUUACUGGUUUUGUAACUCGUUUUCUUUUUGAGAUGUGAAAUGGUAUUGGUCCGAGACGGCACUUUGUCAAUGACGUAGAACCACAGCGGAGAGAGAAUCUGUCUUCAACGCUGGCCUUUCCAACUGUGCCUCAUGCCCGGAGCUAGAAACGGACCCGCUUGGGAUCCAGAAAGAUGGCGACUUCAGAGGGCAGCUUCCGCUAGCAAAGCGGCCGCUGCCUGAGGCUGUCGUUUGCGGGGUGGCUUGCUGAGCUGGACAUACUAGUGGCAGUCGCACAGAAUCGGUAGAUGGGGCAGGGGGAGCUGGGCCAGGGGCAGGAUUUGUCCUCCAAGUCUCCCUCUGUUUCAAAGCCUCUUCACACCGGUGUUUGACUAAAUCAGGGUCUCCAAAUCCUGCACGUUUGUAUGAGACUCUUUUUUUUUUAGAAGAAAUGCCACAAUAAGCACAUUUUUACCGGUUCUUACAAGGGUUCCCAAGGUUUAACGUAACCGUGGGUGUUCUAGGCAGUCAGUGUUUUUACCCAGACCUGCUGUAUUUGACUAAUGUGGUGGAGUCGGCAUGGUGACAGGGUCUGGUAGUGAGGUAGUUCCACCAUUUGUGGAGUGAUUUGAUAUUUCGUACAAGCCUGCGUCUCUCAGAAGUACUCAGCCAGCAAUACUCGCCUGCAGGACCUUACUGCUUUCAUCUGCUACUCUGGGCUGUGUUGAACAUCGUCCUUUUUUAAAAAACUUUCCUCUCAUUUUGGUCGUGAAAUAAAGGAAUUCAGGUCCUUAUUUAUGCUCCCAGCUAGGCUUUGAAGGGGUUUUACAAGCUCUGAUGAAUGGCAUUAGACUCCAGGAAGGAGCAGCUACUGUUUGGCCUUCCAGUGCAGUCACGCACAGGCUCAUUUGCAAACAGUGAACAAUUUUUUUUUUCUUCAAUUAUUAUUUUUUAACGUGAUAGCGAAGUAUUUCAGUUGAAACAAGCUCAUUUCAUUUCUUUAGAGAGGGAAGUACCAGGGGUAUUGGGUCUCGGGGCAGUCAGAGCUGAAGGUCCCUCGUUUCGUACAGCUUUGAGUGUGUGUAGAGUAGCCGAUGCCUUGGUUCGUCAGGUGGAGCCAUUCUUUUUUUUUUAAUGGGUCUGCCAGAGUCAGUUUAGUACUCGAUCUGGAUUCAUAGCAUUACAGCAUAGGAUGCUUGUGGCCUUGUAUCUUGGCUUUUAAAGAAGUUGCCACAAUCUCUCUUCCUAUGAAUAUAAUGUUAUAGAAGUUAGUUGUAUAAACCUACGGGACGUCCGGCCAAUACCAUCACCCUAGGAUUGUAAGGUGAUACGUUGACAUAUCUUUCAUGGUUAAGAAUUUUCAUUGAGGUUGGAAUGCCACUUUCAUUAAUCUGUUUUUAGAUGACCAGUAUCUGUAGCAGAGAAAAUGACCUGUAAAACUGUAUUUGAAGACCACGCGAGAAAUAGAAUAAAAAUUCCGAAGUGAAUGUAAA